AAGGACUGGCCGGGCCCAUUGCGCUGUCACCGGCGGCGGCGGCGGCGGCCCGGGCUCCGCCCGCUCCGUGCAGCUGUGAAGUCCAUUACGAAUUGAUGAAAGAUAUCCAGUGCAGCCUUUCAUCUCCCCAUAUAAAAAAUGGGUGGAUUAUUUUCCAGAUGGAGGGCAAAACCUUCAACUGUGGAAGUUCUAGAAAAUAUAGAUAAGGAAAUUCAAUCACUGGAAGAGUUUAGAGAAAAAAACCAGAGAUUGCAGAAGCUAUGGGUUGGAAGGUUGCUUCUGUACUCAUCAGUUUUAUAUCUACUCACCUGUAUAAUUGUUUAUUUGUGGUAUCUCCCGGAUGAGUUUACUGCAAGGCUCACAAUGACACUCCCAUUCUUUACAUUUCCAUUGAUAAUAUGGACAAUAAGAACAGUACUCAUUUUCUUCUUUUCCAAAAGAACAGAAAGAAAUAAUGAAGCCCUAGAAGAUCUAAAAUCUCAGAAGAAGAAAAUACUUGAAGAAGUAAUGGAAAAGGAGACUUAUAAGACCGCUAAGUUAAUACUUGAAAGGUUUGAUCCAGACUCCAAGAAGGCAAAGGAGCUUGAAUUGCCAUCUGCUGGAGCAGCUGCAACAACAAGACCUGGACAAGAAAUUCGUCAGCGGACUACAGCUCAAAGAAACCUCCCUCCGUCUUCACCGGCAAGCCCUAACCAGGGAACACCUCCUCCUCCUCCUCCUCCUCCUCCAGUUCCAGGAUCUCCUGCUCCACAAAGGGACACAUCAGCCCCUGGUGGACCCCCAGACAGAGCUAUUGCCACGGCAUUACAGUCAAAUGUGUUCCCGAGGCGUCCUGGAUCCUCUGCUACUUCAAUGUCUGGAAUGGGUGUUCAUCCUCCAGGUCCUCCUCUAGCAAGACCCAUUCUUCCUCGAGAAAGAGGUGCCUUGGAUAGAGUUGUGGAGUACUUAGUUGGUGAUGGACCACAGAACAGAUAUGCCCUUAUAUGCCAACAAUGUUUCUCUCACAAUGGCAUGGCUUUAAAGGAAGAGUUUGAAUACAUUGCUUUUCGCUGUGCCUACUGUUUUUUUCUGAAUCCUGCAAGAAAAACUAGACCUCAAGCUCCCAGACUCCCAGACUUCAGUUUUGAGAAGAAGUCAUCCAUAGAAGGACCAAGUUCAAUUGGUUCUUUGCAGCUAGAAGACUUGACCCCAUCGGGCGCUCCGCUCUCUGAUGAUUCAUUAGAAGAACAAGAUUCACCUGUUAGCGACCCAGAUCCAACAGAUGAGAGAGCCUCAGGAACAGAGCAGACAAACUUAGAUGAAGAAGUGGCAGGUUCAAAAGAACAAGAAGAAAAAAUAGCGGAAGAGGCUGAGAAUGAGGAAACCACACAGGUUGAAGCUAAGUCCACAGCUACUAAUGUUGAUUCUGCUGCUGCUGCUGCUGCUGCUGCUUCCGAAUUGAGUGGAGAGACUUUCAGGGCAACGGAUUAAAUGUCUCAAGUGCCUUCAGUUAGAUUCUGGUAGCUCUGUUAAUGCCAUUUAUUGCUUUUCCGGAGGUGGUUUUUAAACAAAUGCAUUUUAUAUCAUUGGAGAUCAGACUGCCUUGCUAGUUCAAUAUGUCAAAGCUGGGCAUUACAAACUAAAUGGGUGCCCCCGUAAGUGAUUGAACGCCCUAUACAAGAUACAGUCAGCGACGAAACACUACUCAGCUUUAGCGUAGACAUUACUGCCUGUUUCAAAACAGACCUGAUUGGAAGUUUUGUUUUUCAAUACACGUGAUCCUGGAAGAAAUAUCCAUUUUGGGGGUAACACAACUGCUGUGAGAUGAGGAAGUUUCCUGGUGGAGUUUUGGUUUAAAGAUGAAAAUCUUUUAGGAUUUUUAAUGCUUUAACAUUAAGACGUGGAUGGGGUUUAAUUCUGUUGGUAUUUUCAAGAUAGGCAUUUGCCUAUUAGCAGUAAGAUAUUUAUAUUACAACUGUAACUAUGUAGUCAUUGUUGCAUAACUAUUUUAAAUUAGAAUUCAGAAAAGCAGCCAAAAAAUGUAGUGUUUUAUUUUUUUGACAUCAUUUACUUUGCUGGAGGGCCAAAGGCACAUAUGUAUAUAACUAGGUUGUGUUUACAUAAAAUAAAAUAGGACAUCUCUCUGCACUUGAUUCUUUUUGAAUGUUUAGCAUUAUUUAUACUUGUACAGUAAUAUGUAAGUGAAUUUGUGCCUUCGUGUGUUUUUUUUGUUUGUUUGUUAAAAUAAAACUUGUCUAGCAGCAA